AUGGCUGCCGAGAGCCUCGUGGAGCUUCGCGAUUGGCUGUUCCUGAUUCUCUUGUGUCUGACGUUGUUAGUAGAGGUGCUGGAGUUUGCUGCCGCAACGGCGGCUGUUGCCGAGGCAGUUGCCCAGGACGGAGAGUUCCAGGGGGAGGUGCCGUGCCCCUCGGCCUGUCGCUGUGAUGACAGCUUUGUUUACUGCAACGACCGAGGCCUGAGCAUCAUACCCCCACUGCCUUUAGCAGCUGCGGUGCUCUACCUUCAGAACAACCGUAUUGAUAAUGCUGGAUUGCCUACAUCCCUAGAGAGACGAAUGACUGUACGAGUUAUUUACCUGUAUGACAAUGAACUGGAUGAUUUUCCAAGGCAUCUACCCCCGUCGCUUCGAGAACUACACCUGCAGGACAACAACAUACGAACACUACCGCGUUCUGCCCUAGCUCGACUACCACUGCUUGAAAAAUUACACUUGGAUGACAACUCAGUAUCAACAGUGAGUAUAGAAGACAAAGCAUUUGCUAACAACCCGCGAUUGCGACUCCUAUUCUUGUCACGCAACCAUUUAUCUAGUAUUCCUUCGGGUUUGCCAGCAUCCCUAGAGGAACUAAGGCUUGAUGACAAUCGCAUAUCGACCAUCCCCACCCACGCUUUCCGUGGAUUGUCGUCCUUGAGGCGUCUCUUUCUGGACGGCAAUUUGUUGGCGAACCAACGGAUCGCUGACGACACCUUUGCGCGCCUCGCCAACCUGACCGAGCUCUCGCUGGUCCGCAACUCCCUCCUGACGCCGCCGCUGAAUUUGCCCAGCUCGCACCUGCUCCGCCUCUACCUCCAGGACAACGCACUGGCGCACAUGCCCCGCGGGUCCCUGGACGGCAUGAAGAGGCUGCAGAAGCUCGACCUGUCAGGCAACAACCUCACCACCCUCCCCCGGGGCCUUUUCCGAGACCUGGAUAGUCUGUCGCAGCUGCUGGUGCGUGGGAAUCCGUGGUACUGUGGCUGCAAUCUCCGCUGGCUGUACGACUGGCUCCACAUGCGAGGCGCUUCCGUGACGGUGAGGGGUUUAACUUGCCAUAGCCCCGAGCGAGUGCGAGGGCAGUCAUUAAAGGAGCUCACGAGUGAGAUGAAGUUAUGCGAGACGGCAGGGGAGGGUGGAGUGGUCGGAGGAGGCAGAGGCGGAGGAGCAGCGGGUAAAGAGAAAAUUGGAACUCUUCCAACGGCGGCAGCCCUAACAACCACACGCAUGCCCCAGGGGUCACUAUUCACCCUCCGGUCCAAACAUCCGGGCCACAUCCCCGACCUGGUGCAAGACCACCUUGGUGAAAGUGGAAGCAGUGAAAGUGGUAGAACACUGCAAGUUAAAGUCAAGCCACUCACACCAGAAACAAUCCACAUCACAUGGACUGCAGUGCAACCAGCCCCGUCGUUCCGGCUUUCCUGGUUGCGACUGGGUACAAGUCCUGCAAUGGGCGACAUUACAGAGACGUUAGUUCCCGGCGAUCGCAGAGAGUAUCUCCUCACUCAGCUGCAGCCGCAGUCCAGUUAUAUCAUCUGUAUAGUACCCCUCUUCGUAAACGAGGGCAGAGGCUCUUCCCAUUCCUCAACGAACUUGAACAAGGACCAUGAGCACCCAGCGUGUGCCAAGACUGAGACAUCAGAUCUCACAAGACAGUCAGAUCAGGAUGGGACAGAUCAGGGAACAGACCAGUUUGCAGCCCUUCCAGUAGCUGGGAUUAUUGGGGGUGCCACGGCACUGGUCUCGCUGCUCCUAAUUUUUGGCAUCUUUUGUUGGUAUGGCCAUCGGGUGGGCUACCUGGCAGCCGGCGAACAGUCCAUGUAUGGGAGGGGGGAUGUAGUCAACAGUCGUGCCGGUGGCAAACAUUAUGAUGACUAUGCCGAGUCGGGCACGAUAAAGGACACCUCAAUCUUAGAAAUCAGGGGUCCUGGUUUCCAGAUGACACCAAUGGCAGCGCACCAGCCACUGCAGCCCAAGGCUAAAUGUGAGGACAUGACCUACAUUCACACCAUCUUUCCAUCAAACAACACGACGCUCUACAGGAGCACCCACAACCACACAGCCAAUUCAGGCUACGGGACCAACCGUGGGUAUAGGGAGAGAGGUAUACCAGAUAUAGAUUACACAUACACGUGAUAGCCACUUACGCCCACCACUUCUCCCUGUUCCCUUUUACAGAUGUGUCUGUGACUGGGGACAGCCCUUGGAUCCAAAGUAGGAGUGUGCCGGCCAUGUCUUUGUUUGAUUUACAGAUACAUACUCUCAGUCCUUGAUCCGAUAGUUAGUCAAAUUCCAAUCCGAGAACAUGAGAGAAGUUUAUCAUCAGCCCACAUUAUUUUUAAACGGAUUGAUUUCAUUCUUAGGCAUAAUAUUGAUAAUGAUGCAUAUUUCCACUCGUUAACAUUGCCUAGAGCUGCAAAAUCGAACAGUUAAAUUGGCCCUGCUCCUUCUGUUUUGUUUUUCAGCUGAUGUUAAUUAAUCCGCAUUUAUUUAAAGGAGAAAUCCGGCGAGUUUUCACAUAGAUCCAUGAACAACCACACCGCGCUGUAGCUGCCUGUCUGCGUUAGCUGAUUAACCGAUUGUUUUUGUUUUGUUUCGUACCAACAGUACUCAGUGACCUCAAGAAAUGGAGAUCUAUGUGAAAACUUGUCAGAUUUCUCCUCUAAGGAGCCGCAUGUAUAACUAUUUACUGAAACAGUUGUUCUGUUGCUCAGCAACAGCUCAACUGAAGCAUAAGGUAAAAUUUGGAAAGCAUACUGCAAAAAAAAACUAUUUUCAAUAAUGCAUUAAGGUCAGAUUGUAUGCUUUAAAGAAGUAAGAAUGAACCCAACACUCUUAUCUCUCAAACGGUCUCUCGAGUCACGCGUCACACAUUUUACAUUAUGCAUAGAUUUUUGUAAAGACUUGAUUGAAGCCUGGAUCUCUAAGAGGGACACAUUUCAGCCCUCUCUAAAGAUGUCUUUUGUAUGUUUGAGAUGUCUCAACAUCUAUUACCAUCCUCUAUUCUAAGAUCGCCAUUAACUCGUCUUUGAACUGUGCUCGGCACACUCCUAUUCCAAAGCACCCUUUGUGCCUCCUUGACAAUGUUUCCAAGUAAUCUGUUACUCAAAAAAAAAAAAAAAAAAAAACUGGGGCUAGGACCACACUGAAUUUGCUAGUCAUGUCUACCAGAGUGACUGAAGUGCCAGAGAUACCAGUCUUGGUAUUGACUGUAACCAAUAUUUCAAUGCUACGUUUUUGUUUGCAUUGCAGUUUCAACGAAGGUCUUUUUAAUCCCUCUCCCCUUUUAAUAUAUCUCACUUAAAUGGAUCUAGUGGCUAGCAUGACAGUGGUUAUGGGUUGAUAGAGGGUCAAAAUGUGUAUAGAUCUAGCUUUACUAUCUGUAUAGCUUUACUGUACUUUCUAUAAGCGCUAGCCAGAAUGAUUUCUCUCUCAAAAGCUUGAGAACAUUGACUGCAACAAAAAAAGGGUUGGGGGAGUCAUAUUCCAUUCCUGAUUCAAGAUUCUAGGUUUCACCCCUCCCCCCCUUCACUUUUUUCUUUAUUCUCUCAAUUUUCUUUUGAGCGCAGCGAGAGGACUUUGUUCCCUGCCGGAGGAGCUGACAGGGGUGAUAACGGUUUCGACAGUGACAGAACUCAAAUUGCUCAUGAGUUUCUUUCUACAUAAUGAGAGACAAAGAGACAGACACACAGAGCCGCCAACAACAGUGACAGAGGAAGAGGGGGAAUAAAUGUUUCCUGCUUAAAUAUCAGCCGUUCGUUAAGCAGACACCCCACUUUGCAGGAAUACUAAUCACUUCUAAAAGGUUACCAUGGGGUGAUGAGUUUUUUUGUUUUUCAUGUCAAUAACUAAAAAAAAUACACAGAGAAGCAACCGUUAUUUUGCAAUCUCACUGGAAGAGAGAAAAUUCCAGAGAACAAAGGCACCUAAAGACAAUCAUAUCGGAAGGGCAUUUUCUAAGUGACAAUUAAACUGAAAGAGACAAGUGGACAGUGACAUAGUUUAAUAGGUCAGAGAGAGAGAGGGAGCUGACCAAAUGCAAGUUAUUGGGCAAGCAGGGUUGUCAAAUCAGUUUGCUGAGCUGGACAUUGAGUUAAUAAACACCAACAACAAAAAAAAGAAAGAAAUAAUUUUGGACGUUUGAGGAUAAAGCUUUGUGGCUCAAAUCUGCGUUCUUAUGGAGUAGAGAGUGACAUAUCAGGGAUAUACAGACUUAACACCGUAACACUGUGGACCUCUACAUUGCAUAUAUAUAAACGGUUUAAUAAACAGAGAGCUACAGUAGGCUAUACGAAUGUGUUUCUAGGCGUUUUAGAAAAGCUUGGUCACUGGAGCAACAACGAUGGUAUGAAGUACAAUUAACGUGAUACAGGAGAAAAGAGGCAGGGGAGGGAUGAAAAGUAGAAUUUAGUGGUUUUAUUUCUAUCACAUUUCCUGGUUUCUCUUCAUUUAUUUGAAAUGUGAAAAUUGAAGACAAGUGACUGGCGUCUCUCGCACCCUUUAUCUUUGUUGCAUUUCUUCUAUUACAAAUAAAUCAAGCGUGG